UUCGGUCGGCGGCGCCGUGGAAAGUGGCCGCGCGUGCACCCAGCAGUGGCCUCUGCGGGCCGCGCUCCACUCUCGCCCAUCCCGGGACGGAAACGGGAACGGCUGUGACCCAGUGUGGUCGGCAGAGUGUCCGCAGACGUGGCCGAGCGGCGGCACCGAGCGGCCGGACCGGGCGCAUCGCAGCCUGGACACAGCGGCAUGGGCGGAGCACCGUGUCACACCGCACACGGCGCACCUCGUGGCGCAGCUCGUGGUUCCAGCGAUUUCGACGUGUUUGGUCUUGUGCUUCAGUGCGUUUGGGGUGUGUUGUGUGACUUGUAGCGUGCGUCGAGUGCGUUGACGCGGCGGCAGUGUGUGCGCACUGUGCGUGUGCCCGCCGGAGUGUGUGUGCUGUGGCGCGGAGGGCUCGGAAGUGCUGUGCGCUGAACCCGGAAGACCGCCCUGGAGACGGGCGGCGCUUAUCGCCCGGUAGGGGAAGUUGGGGGAACGCCGAAUACUUUUUUUCUGACGCCCGUAGCACGCAAGGUAGACAACAUAAGCUAUUCUUGUUGGCGUCAUUCGAGAGGCCAGUCUUUUGUCUUUCAAACAUACCAGGCGCAUUUGAUGAAUUCGCAUACCGUUAAGCGCAAAAACUAAAAAUAUCAAAGAACUGACUUUUUCGGCGUUGCCCCGGACUGCGGGGAAAGCCGAAAAUGGGAUAAAUGAUCUACGAGGAAUGCCGACAUUGAUGUUUUGCCAAUUUAUCUCAAACUUUAUCCAAAAUUCAUCAAAGCUGACACGCGUUUUAAGAGCUUGAGGACGCUUGGUGCACAGUGGAAGUUAUAAUUGUGUGAUAUAAUAAGAAAAUGCCAGGUAAAUCAUUCCUUAUAGGUAACAGGCCGUUGUGCCGGCUGAAAGUGUAUUUUGUUUGACUAAAAAUACGCGUUGCUAUUCUACAGCAGUAAAGUCCACGUAGCGUGCUUUAACGUGCGUAAUUGCACGUUUUCGGCAUUACCCCAGCCAGCCAUACUUUCAUUUGCAGGCCCAUAACUUUUAAACGUGCUGUAUAAAUUUCAAAUAGGCAGCACACUUAUGCAAAGACAUGCUGAAGAUUACUUGACCGAAUUGGCCAGACAAACGGUAGCAUAAUGAGUAAGAAAUGCAGCUUCAAAGGCGCAUGUAGUACAAGGGAAACGUACCUUGAAAACGCUUUUGGCGCCCUCACAGCCGAAGUAUUCCAAAUGACGACUCGUAACAAACAUGCGAUAAUUGUAGUCACUUAAGCUUCAGACCAUCACUGAGACGUGGCAUCCAUGUCGUACGGUUUUAGAAAUAUCUCGAAUUUCGGCUUUGCCCCAACUCCGGCAUUGCCCCAACUUCCCCUAUAUCCGAGCCGGCCCUCGCGUGUCGUGUCACCUGACGGUCUCGACGGCGUGACGGCUGCUGGGCCCGCCGCCGGACACUAAAUACGCAGCGGCCGCUGGAGCGGGCCCGCGCCGCCCGCCUCCGCCGGCGCUCCGGUUUCCAGGCCGGGCGCGCCGCGGCGAAUAAUCGGGCUGAUGCGGCGGGGGUGUGCGCGCGGCGGCGGCGGCCGGCGCCGGCAGACAUGAGCCGGGGGCGGGCGGUGCCGCCGGCGCUGCCGCUGCUGCUGCUGCUGGCUGCGGGAAGACUCGGCGCGCAGCAGGUGGCCCGCAGGGAGAUAGUGAUCGGCACCCGACUGGGCCGCCUCCAGGGCAGGCUCGAGUAUGCCGAGACGUUCAACAGCGUCGGCGGCAGCCGCUACUACUACGCCUUCCGAGGGAUCCCCUACGCCCGGCCCCCGAUCGGCGACCUGCGCUGGGCGGAGCCGCGGCCGGCAGAGAGCUGGUCGGGCACCCUGGACGCCCGCUCGUUCCGCGACUUUUGUCCGCAAUAUGACGUCAACACGGGCACGGUGGAGGGACAAGAAGACUGCCUCUACCUUAACGUCUUCACGCCCUUCCUGCCAGGCCAGCUGUCGGCCGGCAGCGGCGGCGGCGGUGCGCCCGGCGGCGGCCUGCUGCCGGUGCUGGUAGUGGUGCACGGCGGCGACUUUGUGCGCGGCGCCGCCAGCCUGCUGGGCCCCCAGCGACUGAUGAGGGAGGACGUCGUGCUGGUGACGCUCAACUACCGGCUCGGCGUGCUCGGGUUCCUGAGCAGCGGCUACCCGGAGCUGGCCGGAAACUACGGCCUGCUGGAUGUCAUCCAGGCGCUCUCCUGGGUCCGGGACGCGGCGCGAGACUUUGCCGGCGACCCGUCACGGGUCACCCUCGUGGGCCACGGCGCCGGCGCCGCCAUGGCGCACAUCCUGAUGCUCUCACCGCGCGCUAAAGGUCUGUUCCAGCGCGUCGUCCUGCAGAGCGGCAGCAGUCUCUGCCCGUGGGCCGUCGAGCCGGAGCCGUUCGACGCCGCCGCCCUGCUCUCCGACGACCUGGACUGCGGACGGGGCGACCGCGACUGUCUGCUCUCCCGGUCCGCACAGCAGCUGGUCAGCGCAGCGCACCGGCGCAUGAGGUUUGUCAGUUUUGCCGGCCACAUGCGGCCGGUGGUGGACGCCGCUCUCCGGUCGGCGCCGGUGCUGCCCGCUGAGCCCCGCUCGCUGCUGGAGGCGCGCGACUUCACCCAGCUGCCGCUUAUGGCCGGCCUGGUGCGGGACGAGGCUCUACAGACCGUCCUCUACCAGUAUUUGGAGGCGGAGCGGCCGACCGACGGCUACUACAUGGAGCACAGUGUGGUCGACUGGACACUGGAGCAGCUGUUUAGUUACAACUUCAGCCACCAGUCGGCGCUGGUGACGGCCGUCAAACGACUCUACCUGACCGACCUCGACUACAGCCGGCCAGCAGAGGUCAUCCCCAGGCUCACUGAGCUACUGACGGACGCCUGGUACACAACCUGCCACGACCUGACGGUGCGUCUGCACGCGGCCGCCGGUCCCGUCUUCAGCUACCUGAUGGCGCACCGCGUCCCGGGCGGGCCGAGCCGCGUGCGGCCGCUGGCGCAGCGGCUGCGCAGCCGCGGGCUAGACUCGGCGCUCCUCGACUCAGGUGUGAGCCACGGUGACGACCUGCUCUACCUGUUCCGGUCUCCAAUCUCGUUCGGCCAGCACUCGGCCUCGGACAAUCUGAUGUCGGAGGUGCUCACCACCUACUGGGCCAACUUCGCGCGCACUGGGGCGCCGACGGUGGCUGGCGUGGACCCGUCGGGCCGACCAGCCUGGACAGUGUCAUCUAGUGAGCAGGUGGCAUACUACAACUUGUCGGUAUCGCCACUGCCCAUGCUGCCUGGUUACAGGGCAAGGGAGGCGGCGUUCUGGCUGGACUCCCUGCCCCUGGUGGAGGAGGAGGCGGGGAGGUCGUACGCCUUCCAGGUGGCCACGUGGACGCUGCUGGCGCUCUGCCUGCUGCUGGCGGUCGCCCUGGCGGCCGCCGUCGCCGUCUGCGUCGCCCGUGGCCGGAAGGACGGCUACGACAGCGACGACGUCAUCAGUAAGGUGAUGCGGUCGGUCCGGAGCAGCACCACCGGAUGAUGGUCAGACGGGGAGAUGGUUCAGAUCUGUCCAGAGGCGGCGGUCACCACCUCAUCUGAGGACCUGGUGCAGGCCUCCCGCACCACCUACCUGUGAGCUCGCCGGUCACCACUCGGUCACCAGUCACCAGUCCGCCACUGGCCGGCAGCUGGCGUCUGCUCCCCAGUGGUUUGCGGCGUAGCCGUGUCAGUGCUCGGGCAAUCUGACUGUCUCCCCCAUCGAAGGCAAUGCUUGCCAAGUUACGCGUGAUGACUGUCGCGCGCGUCAUAUGCCUGAAUCCAGAAAACAUGCCCUGAGUCUAGUAAGGGGAUGGAACUCUCGGCUCUGAUUGGAAUGUGGCGGACCCGAGACAGCAGGGACUUCCAGUCGCCAGACGGCGGGAUAUCCCGGCUGUAGAUAGCUCGGGAAGUCCUGUCACCAGAGUGUGAGGCUGGGAACGUCCCGGCGCCACCCGACUGAGGGAGCCCGAUACCGCCCAGUGUACUCCGUCGCCGCGGCCUGCUGUCAGCCAGACGUGCCAGUACAGAGACCUAGCGCGUUUGUGAGCGCAGCUGUUGUGUUAACCAAAGCAGAUUAUUUAUGAAUAUCAUAUAUUGUUGGUGGCCAAAUGUGAGACGUCAAGCGUAGGCUGAUGCGCGAGUUUAUGUAGUACCUGCAUUUAAUGGUAUAUUUUAUUCAGGCAUAUUUGUGAUACGAGGAUAGUGUAACCGUCGAACAAUAUUCCCGUAGUAUAGAUUAGUUACUAGUAUUUAGGAAAGACUAUGCAGUCAGUCUUCGAGAUCAAUGUAUGCAUUUGCUGCAUCUGCAAUGUCCAAUGCACUCUUAUUGUCCACUGUUUCUACUGAUGAUGCUGUACCUGGUCAAAUACAAUUUAGCGACUGAA